AUUGUGAAGAUCGUUGUCGAAGUGUGCGGUUGGUUAAGCGGAAUUUCGCUACGUUUUUUCUCGAUUUUACCGUUACCGUCAAAUACACGCAAAAUUGUCGAGAAUUUACAACAAAUUGUUUCCUGUGUUUUGUGUGUGUUUAUCUAAUAUGAAAUAUGGAUAUCAAUAUUAAAAAUUCAAGUGUCUUAAUUGUUCCAUAAAAGUGUUAAAAAAAAAACAAAACCAAAAACCGCGAUAAAUUAAAAAAAAAUUAACAAGUAAAAACCAACAAUUUAAAAGUUUCGCUAAUUGGUGACAUAAUUUUUUUAUAACUGGCAAAGGCAGCGGCAAAAAGCCGACACGUAAUUGAAUUUUUACGGCAAUUGUUGCUCAGUCUCGACUCGCGGUCAAGACUUGAACUAAUUUGCUGUGAAAAAGGUUGCAAUUUGUUAGUUUUGCUGUCGUCGUCGUCGUCGUCGCCGUCGUCGUUGUGCCAUAUUAAUUGAGGCACUCUUUUAAAUAAUUCAAACAGAAAUUGUUUGUGUUGUAUUUGAGACGAGCAAAGCCAUCGAAUGUGAAAAAAUGUUGUGCAACAUCUGCCGACAAAUCGGAAUCCUUUCAAUGCUCUUGGGGGCGGCUUUGGGUGCCACGCCCUUUGCCAAGGAAUACCGCAGUGCGGGUCUCUUCAAGGGCAACACUCUCAUCGACAUGGAACUCGAUGCAGCCACGACUCUCGACAUGGGCGCCGAGAAGCUAUCCACAGGCAGCAUUGGAGUUGCAGCAGCAGCAAAUUCCGAUGCGGAUGAUAUGCUUGGAUUUAAAGCGGAAUCGUCGGUUAUUCUGCCGGGUGUUCAGCUAAAUUCAGGCUGCCCGGUGACGACGAGUUCGCAUUGUUUGCGCUGCAACAAGGCUGGUUGCAUCAAGUGUCCACUGUACCUGGUGACGGACACCAGGCAAUGUGUGGACGAGUGUCCCACUGGCUAUCUGGAUCAAUGGUCGGCGCACACAGAGUUCAUGGGUCGUGUUUGUGUGCCCACGGGUUACUCGGGACCAUUGAUGGCGGCCCUGGCUGGUCUUCUAGGCGGAUUUCUCGUUUGCCUCUCACUGCUCGCGGUCGCUGUGCUGCUGGUGCGGCGCAAGCGUCGUCGCAAGUCCGUCAAACAGAAGCUGAUCAAUGAGAACACCAUGGAUCGUGCAGAUUUUAUGCGUCAACUGAACGAGAUGCGUCCCAACGCCGAGUAUUUUCUGGCCAUGUUGAACGACACUCGCCGGCAAAUCCGUAAACUAUAUUUAUCAGGCGAGGUGGCGGCCGCCAACUCCUAUCGUCCCAUUGUGCGGGAUCUGGCCAAGUUGCUCAUCCUGCUGAAUCGGCCGAUGGAAUUAAUACCGACACCGCCGCACGAUUGGGCGCGUCUCUAUGCGUGGUCGGAGCAGGCUCUGGAGCGCUACAAGCCGCAGGUGGGCCAACUCAUUGACUUCUUCCAGGCCUCCCAAAAUGGUCACGAGGUGCUCUAUGCGGCUCCGGCCAAGAAGCAGCCUGGACACAGCAUCUACAGGCAGCAGCAGCACCAGCAGCAACAGAAGCAUCCAAGCACGCCCACAAAGGGUAAUCAACUGGGCGGAGAUCUGUUGCCCGGGGAUCGCAAUAGCAACGCUUCAGCGCAACAGAAGCAGCAUCUGUUUGGCUCGCUGAUCAGUCUGCACGAGUUUGAGGAGCCGCGUGCCUCGGAUCCAUUUGGCAGCAGCUUCAACACACUUAAGAGCGGCAAUCUCAUAUCGGAUCUCAAUGCCAGCUCACUCUGGUUGGAGGAUGAGUUCUACAAGCUGGGCUUUCGACCGCAGGACGAGAUCACCACAGAGCUCUAGCUUACCACAGUAUUAAUUUUAGCACAAAACAAAAGCUGGCAAUGCUACACGCGUUCAAAGUGCAGCAUUUGUCCAGAAGGAUUCUGGAGUUGAUCACAUUCCAUCAUUCCAGCCAUCAUGCCAUCAACAACAAAAACAAAAACAAACAAAACAAAAGAAAACUGAGACGCACAUUUAGAUACAAGUCGCUAAAUGUUAACGUUUAGUUUAGCUGUAGCUUAACGUAACUCUAAUUAGUUAGUCUAGCCUCUAAAGAGCGAACUAGUCACGUAAAAAGAAAACAAUAUCAAAACAAAGCAAAACAAAAUGCAAGCAAAAUGAAAUUCGCGUGGAAAAUGAUUUGAAUUUUAUGGAUUUUACAAAAAUCGGCAAACACAAAUACAAAUAUCAUGUAACGAACAACAAUAUUCGAUAAUACAUAUUAGCUAUACUUACAUAAUAUAUAUGCUUACUAUAUUUAUAGUUAAAGUAACUACUACAUCUAUGAUAUUUAUAGACAGAGAUUAUAAUGCCUAAUGAAUACAACAUUAUUAUUAUAAUUAUUAUGAUGAUGAUGCUGAUAAUGAUGAACAAUAAAAUCAUGUGCCUAAAACUA